GGAAACCUGCGUUCACUCAGAAAGAUGGCAACUGAGUUCAGCGAACUGUGUUCUAAGUUGAUCACGAAGAUUUAUAUUUUGGCUAUCCGACAUAAUUUUGCAUUAUUUUCUUCUAGGGACAUUUUGCCGGUACUUGAAGAUCCAACUUUAAUGUGUGAAUUAUGCUAUGCAAUUAGUGACCAUUGUAGAAAGUUACCUUGUCCUCUAGACGCUAUUUUGGCUCUUGAAGCCCGUGGCUUCCUGUUUGGACCUACAGUGGCCAUGAACCUCAAGAUUCCGUUUGUUCCGGUUCGUAAGAAGGGCAAACUGCCCGGACAAACUAUUCAGGCCAGCUACGCGAAAGAGUACGGACUGGACGAACUGGCGAUUCAACGGGAGGCACUGAAGCCUGGAAUGUCUGUUUUGAUCUUAGAUGACUUGAUAGCAACAGGAGGCAGUUUACGAGCGACAGUCGACCUUGUACAAAAAGCGGGAGCAAAGGUGGCCGAAGUGUUAACCAUUAUUGAGUUGAAAGAUCUGAAAGGCAGGGAAAAGCUUCAAGAUGUGCCGAUCACCUGUAUAUUGCAGUACUGA